AUAUAGUUAAGAGGCUCAUUUAAAAAUUUUCCAAUAGUUAGAGUUUAACCUAAAAAAAUAAAAAAAAAUGAAUAUAAAAUGUGGUACACACACUACUACAGAGCGAAAAGGGCAAGAGAAGGAAAAGAAUUUUGGAGGGAAAGGAAAGGAGGGUUGCAGAAGCGAUGCCGGUGGCGAAGCGAGAGACGUGCGAUGGAAGAGUCAUUGCUCACGUAGACAUGGAUUGCUUCUACGUUCAAGUGGAACAGAGAAAGCAACCUAAUCUACGAGGCUUGCCUACUGCAGUCAUACAGUACAACUCCUACAAAGGUGGGGCCCUCAUUGCUGUUAGCUACGAGGCUCGCAGAUGCGGUGUCAAACGUUCAAUGCGUGGUGAUGAAGCCAAGGAGGCAUGCCCGCAAAUUCAACUCGUCCAAGUCCCGGUCGCGCGUGGCAAGGCUGAUCUCAACUCGUAUAGGAGUGCGGGUUCGGAGGUUGUCUCGGUUCUUUCGCAGAAGGGCCGGUGCGAGAGGGCUUCAAUUGAUGAGGUAUAUAUUGAUCUAACUCAUGCUGCUGAAGCCAUGCUCAUGGAAACUCCUCCAGAAAGCAUGCAGGACUUUGAGGAGGAAGUUCUCAAGUCACAUGUUUUAGGGCUGGAAAUUCAGGAUGGAAGUGAUGCCAAAGAUGAAGUUAGGAAGUGGCUUUGUAGGAGUGAUGCUAGUUACCAAGAUAAACUAUUAGCUUGUGGGGCUCUCAUUGUUAAUGACCUCAGGAUGCAGGUGCUGAAAGAGACUGAAUUCACAUGCUCUGCUGGUAUUGCUCAUAAUAAGAUGUUGGCUAAACUUGCAAGUGCCAUGAACAAACCUGCACAACAAACUAUUGUGCCACACUCAUCUGUUGAAGGGUUGCUUGCAUCUUUGCCAAUAAAGAAAAUGAAACACCUUGGGGGAAAGCUAGGGAGUUCCGUACAGAUUGAUCUCGGAGUCAACACCGUUGGUGAUCUGCUUCAGUUUUCAGAAGAGAAGUUACAACAGUUAUAUGGGAUCAAUACUGGUACUUGGUUGUGGAAUAUUGCGAGAGGAAUCAGUGGGGAAGAAGUUGAGGGGCGACUACUUCCCAAGAGCCAUGGUUCUGGCAAGACAUUUCCUGGGCCUCAGGCUUUGAAGACAAUUGACUCUGUUCAACGCUGGCUUAAUGAACUUUGUGAAGAGCUGAAUGAACGCCUACACUCUGACCUGGAUCUAAACAAACGGAUUGCACAGACACUGACUCUGCAUGCUAGAGCAUAUAAGACAGGGGAUUCAGAUUCACAUAGAAAGUUCCCUUCUAAAUCUUGUCCUUUAAGAUAUGGGACUAGAAAGAUUCAAGAGGAUGCCAUAAUUCUGUUCCAAGCUGGGUUACGUGAUUUUUUGGGCUUCUGCAGUAAGGCUCAUGGAAGCGAAAAUAACUACUGGGGAGUAACAUCACUUUCUGUCUCUGCAAGUAAAAUUGUGUCCAUACCAUCUGGGACACAUUCAAUAGUUAAAUACUUCGGUGGGCAAUUUCCGUCAAGUUCUACAUCAAAUCAAUCUCAAGAUGUUGUCAUUGAUGGAGCUGCACCAUCAGGUAGUGAAAAUUGUUCGGGAUUGGUUCCCUAUGAAUCUCAGCUUGAAUAUCCUGAAGACACGGGAAUGAAGCAUUCAAAAUCUUCUUUGUAUCAACAGGAUCCACUGUGCAAUUUAUCCAGUAAAGCAGAUAGCUUGACUGAAGAAUCCCUCCUCAUGUCACCCCUAGGAAGUGAAGACAGAAUGAUACAUGAUGAGUCACGUAGAGAUUUACCUGCAAAAGAUCACAGGCUUGUUUCAAAUAUCUCUGGUUUGAAAGCAGUUGGGAAGAAAAAGAGAGCAGGAAAGCAGCUUCAAGGGAAUUCUUCAAUUACAAAUUUCUUCAGUAAUUACCACAAUUCCCAGUCUUCAUCGGAGCAGAAGAAUGUUACAAAUGCCGAGGGUGUUAAAAUAUCAUCAUCACAUGGAUCUCAGUCUGCCGAUGAUAGUUAUUCAACUCCUAAUCGAGUUGGGCAGCCUGCUGAGCACCCUCAUGAAGAGAUUGAUGCAAACAAGAGUGGAUGUAGCGUAGGUAAUAUACCACAAGGAAGAAGGCAAGCUUGGAGUUAUAACAUUGAUGAAAUUGACCCUUCUAUCAUCGAUGAAUUACCACCAGAAAUUCAGCAAGAGUUUCGAACCUGGCUUAGGCCGCAUAAACGGUCUAAUGUGGUUAAACGAGGUUCUAGUAUUACGCACUAUUUCUUACCUGACAAAAGUAGAUAAAAUGAUUAUUGACUUCAGUUUAUUGUACAUAUUGUAUGAUGUUAUUUUAGAAUAGCUGAUUUGUGAUUGGUUAUUUGCUUUUCAGAUAUU